UAAAAAGACUUCUAUAGCCAUGGCUAGUCCUGAUGUGAAACCAAAAUCAAUAAGUCGUGCCAAAAAAUGGUCAGAAGAGAUAGAAAAUCUGUACAGAUUUCAACAAGCGGGAUAUCGGGAUGAAAUUGAAUAUAAACAAGUGAAACAAGUUUCUAUGAUAGAUCGGUGGCCAGAGACAGGAUAUGUGAAGAAACUUCAGAGAAGGGACAAUACUUUCUAUUACUACAACAAACAGAGGGAAUGUGAUGACAAGGAGGUCCACAAAGUGAAAAUUUAUGCUUACUAGCCUUUCUUCUUUGUAUUAUUUGUCGUUAUCUUUUAAGAAUUCAUUGUUUCGUCCUACAUGAUGUAAAUGUUUGUCAUUUUACAAAAUAAUUCAAAAUGCAGACUUCAAUUGAAUGUUUUGAAACACAAAAGCCAUUAAAGUAAUCCUGUUCUGUU